AUAAACUUUAUAAUAAAAAGGUAGCUUUGGCAAGUGAUGCCACUUGGCCAUGGCACGUAGGGAAGGGCCAGGGAUAGGAGUGCCAUGGAUGCUUCUUGAUCCAUCAGCUAGGUUCUCCCUCGUACCUCCGGAUAGAGUUCAGAGCUUCAGGCAAUUGCUGUUGUCAGGUGUCACCAUGUUCUGUGUGCCACGGUUCACCGUGGUCCAAUCCAGCAUUGAAGAUUGCAAUUUUGUUUUUACCGAACUGCAUCCAGCUUUGUACCAUCCAAGUAAAAGAAAUCGCAGUACAUUCCUUCCAAGAUCAUGCCACGGUGGUGCCUAGUUACGGUCCUUGCUGCCAUAAAGAUUGUUACACGUCGGCGACCAGUGGUACAGUAACAGUAGGCCAACCAUGUUUGACCCUGUGGCCCAGCUUCUGAAACCUCGGUUCUGUAGUCAAAAACUCGCGAGCUCCUUUUUUUUGCAAGGAAAAAAAAAUCAAGAGAAACGGUCGGUCAGUGACGGCGGAAGUCAGUGACUUGGUCAUUUUGGUUCUGCCGCUGCGGGUUGACAAAUUUUGGGGAGUUUGUCGGAGAUGCCUCCGAAUUGCAGCUUCGACGACGGGCACGAGAUCGUCGAGGUCGCUGGCGAGCCCGGCGAGCCGUCGGGGACAAUGCGGCUGAUGGACUUCAUCCCCAUCGACAUCUACAUCCCAUCCGUGGAGCGGGGCGCGCUCAACAAGAGCCGGCGCAGGCGGCGGUUCCUGGACUUCCUCCGCGCCCACCCGUCCAAGGACUGGUUCCUCCGCUCCACCUUCGUCGGCCGCCUCCGCCGCGGGGACCACCAGGCGUCGCUGGGGGGAACAGCCGAGGAUAGCGACAGCGGCGGGCGCCGCGGCCCGCGGAGGCGGUUCCGCGUGCCGUUCGUGCGGAAGAUCAAGUGGGGCAAGCUGUGGAGCUACGCGGCGAGCUGGUGCAGGAAGCCCGAGAACUUCGCGAUGAUCAUCUGGCUGGCGUUCGUCGCCGCCGGUCUGCUUCUGUGGUUCAUGCUCAUGACCGGCAUGCUCGACGCCGCCAUCCCCGACGACGAGCGGCGCAAGAAGUGGACGGAGGUGAUCAACCAGAUCCUGAACGCGCUCUUCACCAUCAUGUGCCUGUACCAGCACCCCAAGAUCUUCCACCACCUGGUGCUGCUCCUCCGGUGGCGCCCCGACGGCGACCGCGAGGAGAUCCGGAAGGUGUACUGCCGGGACGGCGCCGCGCGCCCGCGCGACCGCGCGCACAUGCUCGUCGUGGUGACCUUGCUCCACGUCACCUGCUUCGCCCAGUACUACUGCUGCGCCCUGUUCUGGAGCUACACGCGCAAGGACCGCCCGGACUGGGCGCUCAACAUCGGCUACGGCCUCGGCACGGGGUGUCCGGUCAUCGCCGGACUCUACACGGCGUACAGCCCGCUGGGACGGAAGCAGCCCGACGAGGCCGACACGGAGUCGUCGUCGUCGGCCGAAGCGGGGCAGGAGCAGGGCGACCGGGCCGGGAACGACAGCCAGCAGGACUUGGAGAUCAAGGUGUACAACCGCCGCGUGGUGGUGAGCAGCCCGGAGUGGAGCGGCGGGCUGUUCGACUGCUGCGACGACGGCACGGUGUGCGCGCUGUCGGCGACGUGCACGUUCUGCGUAUUCGGGUGGAACAUGGAGCGCCUCGGGUUCGGCAACAUGUACGUGCACGCCUUCACCUUCAUCCUGCUCUGCGUCGCGCCGUUCCUCAUCUUCAGCGUGACGGCGCUGAACGUCCACGACGACGACAUCCGCGACACGGUGGUGGCCGUGGGCGUGCUCCUGGGCCUCUGCGGCUUCCUCUAUGGCGGCUUCUGGCGGUCCCAGAUGCGGAAGCGCUACAAGCUCCCGGGCGGGCGCGGCUGGUGGUGGUGCGGCAGCGCCGCCGUGGGCGACUGCGCCAAGUGGCUCUGCUGCUGGAGCUGCGCGCUGGCGCAGGAGGUGCGGACGGCCAACUUCUACGACGUGGAGGACGACCGGUUCGUGGACGUCGUGGGCGCGCGCAACGGGGAGGGCCGCCCCGUGCUGGUGCCGCUGCCGCGGGAGGCGUCCGCCACGACGCACACCCGGAGCAUGUCGUGCCCGCCCAAGCUCGACGACGCGGGCGGCGGCGGCGGGGUGACGAGCCCGCUCGGGAUGGAGAUGGCCGCCGUCGCCGCCAUGGAGAGGUCGGCCACAUACCACCCCAUGAGGGCGCCGCUGACUCCCCUGAUACAAAUGGACCGAGAAGAGUAGGCGUAUAGUCUACUCUACUACAUCGUAUUCAGAAACUAUAUACACAUGUUGUAGCUGUGUUCUUGUGUAGAGUAAUUCGUCGAGCUCCCUGAGUUGUACGGCUGUAUGAUAUAUAUACGGAUUUGUU